AUGUUCUCUGAGUCAUGGUGGAUUGGGACUAAAGAGGAGAACCCUGACGAAGCCCAUCUUGAUUUCCCUAAAGAACUCUCUCAGGCAGAGAAAACUGAAGAGUUUGAUUUCCGAGGCGGUGCAGGAUCAGCAGCAGCAGCUUCAGUUAAGACGGCUGCGGCUCCUGAAACUGGGAGCCAACCAACGGAGACAGAGACAGACUCACCUGAAGUUGGAAUGGAGGAGUUUUUGUCUGAUGAUGAAGAGUUUAUGGACGAUAAGGUUCAGGUGACACCAGUUCAAGUAACUCUAGUUCGUCAGUCUCAGAGAAAUUCUGGCAAGAAGUUCAACUUUGCAGAAACCUCUCCAGAAAACUCCUCAGGUGAAAGUGAAGGCAAUACAUCUGAGGAAGGGGAUGAGAAACCUGUGUUGGAAUCUGAUUCUUCAACAAGAGUUCGUGAGGAACCUCAAGCUGAUAUUAAUACUGCAUCAGCAGGCAAGUUGCUCACCAAACUUCCGGCUAAAAAGGAAAAAUCAAACAGAAAAGACGGUAAGCUCGUUCAAGCUACAGUAGCCAAACUAUUCAAGAAAGCAGAGCAGAAAACAGCUGGUCCUUCAAAGAAUAAAUCAUCAUCAAAGACCUAG